AUGAAAGGAGUGAUAAGAUUCGGUAAGAAGGGUAAGCUAAGCCCUAGGUAUAUUGGGUCAUUUGAGGUAUUGGAAAGAAUCGGUCCAGUCGUCUACAAGUUAGCAUUACCUUCAGCAUUAUCCAGAAUCCACGACGUAUUUCAUGUGUCUAUGUUGAAGAGAUAUGUCCCAGAUCCAUCAUAUAUAAUAAGUUAUGAGGCACUGGAGAUUGGAGAUACUCUGUCAUAUGAUGAAGUGCCAGUUCAAAUCCUAGAUCGUAAAGAGCAAGAAUUGCGCACCAAAAAGAUUCCACUGGUAAAAGUACUUCGGAGGAACCAUGCAGUUAAGGAAGCCUUGUGGGAGUUAGAGGAGGAAAUGCGUUAG